AUGGGUAUCUUCGACUACGUCUCCGAUCUUUACUCGUCUCUGUCCGUUCAGUCAUGCGAGGCUGAAGUUCAGGACGACCUCAAGUACGCCUCGGGCGACUUCAACUCGUCCAAGGACCAACAGAACGGCAUGGGCACGGCUGAGCAGACCCGUGGCGCCACCACCAGAGGCGGCGUCAGCACCUCCGUCCCUGCCGCCGGCACCAACGAGGAGAGCGACUCCGAGGCCGAGGUCAACAAGCAGGACAUCAAGAAGCCCGAGCCCUCGAACGAGAAGGGUCACACUCCCGGCGAGGGUGGUGCUGCUUCUGGCCAGGUUGGCCGCGACAACGCCGGUCCCCACGGCGGUCCCGUCGGCAAGCAGGACGACGAUGAGGACGAAGAAGAAGAGGAUGAGGACGAGGAGGAGGAAGAUGAGCCUGAAGACAUCAAGCCCAAGAUCGAGGAAGAGUGCGCCAAGUCAGCCGAGUGCGCUCCCUACAAGCACCACUACGACCACUGCGUCGAGCGCGUCACCAAGCAGCAGGAGGAGAACGGCAAGGCCGACGAGGAUUGCGUCGAGGAAUUCUUCCACCUUGCCCACUGCGCAACCGCAUGCGCCGCCCCCAAGCUCUUCAAGCAGCUCCGAUAA